AUGCUUGCGCACAACGCCUUGCCGCCGUCGAUUGUGUCGGGCGCGAUGUUCGAUUGGGACGCCUCCGGACUAUCGGGCACUCAGAUCCCUUCCACCCCCAGCAUCGUUCGAGGACCUAUCCUGUUCCCUUCCCUCACCCAGACACCAAACUUCCAAACAUUUUUCAAACAAAAAACGGGGAUGGAAGAUCCAUCUGAACCAGCGAAGCGACGCAGGAGGGAAACAGAAGACGAUGGUGGACGUGAAGGGCGUGCGAGGCGAAAAGAUAACCAGCGAUCGGUCACAGUAGGCGAUACAGUCGUGCCACGCAACGCCGACAUGAAAUUUCCGUGCACACACUGCCGCAAGGAGUACAGUACGCCCUACAGUUUACAGCGUCACUUUGCUGAUUCGCACGCAGAACCGUCGUUGGAGGUUCCCCAGCAGACCUCAGACAACGAGCGAUCGUUAUCUCCACCGUCGCCGGAGCCCAUGUUUCCAUCGCAGCUCCCUCGCCCAUCUUGGGGAGCCGCACCUCCUACAAGAGCCCCACCUCCCGCUUCACAGCUUCAUCCGCCGUCUACGCGCUUGUUUCUUAUCCCGCACGCUCCCCGCAGGCAAGCGUCGCCGCGUCCCUUGGGCUCGAGGGCAGGAUCUCCCCCAACAAUGAUUCCUGCGCCGGUAACCCCUGCGGCGAGUCGGCCAUCUACGCGCACGUUUCUUGGCGCGCGCGCUAUCAGCAGCCAGGGGUCGCCGCAUCCGUUGGUCUCGAGCCCAGGAUCGCCCCCAACGAUGAUACCUGGGCCCGUUUCUCCUGCGCCACUGCGCAACAUAUCUGCGCAGAGGAUGACACCGACACCUCCGGACAUGCAUCAGCCACCUGCUAUUCGAGCCACGCCCACCACUGCGAUGGAAGUAGACAUUUCGCUCUACGACAUUGCACCCGAUGACCACACAGUGAUCUACGACGACGUGCACAAUCUUCCGGCCCUUGGAAUUGUGAUCAACACUUUUCUCAAGGUUGUUAUCUGCAUAGAAUGUGGCGAAGCGAUUGAGCCGGCGUUGGUCUGCGCACACGUCAAGCAGCACAACGCACACUAUACACCAGGCCCCACAUUGCUCGAAGAUCUUCGGCGGAAAUACGGGAUCGUGUCGCUGGCUGAGAUAGCCUACAGCGCUGGACCAAUCCGUCCGAUUUUUGGGAUUCCUAUCGAGGCUGAUCAGCUCCAUUUUUGUUCCAAAUGCCACCGCGGCUACAACUUGUUGUUGAGCCUGCGGGGUCACCAGUCUAACGGGCAGCGUUGCCAAGUGCCUAUCACGCAGCGCGCUUGCUACACGAUGUACGGGCAGAUACUUACAAAAGGCCCAAGCAAGCGUUAUUUUCCAGUCGAUACUUCGUGCCUCUCGCUUCGCCAGGACAUUCCCUUUGCAUACUCGACUGUUUUUGGAACAACAAUGCCGCCUCCACCCGAUUACACACAGUUGCCCGUCCAAGACAUUGAGGACCCACAAAAUCUGUCCUCGUUUCUCUUCCGCGAAGGAUGGCUUGACGCUGUCAAAGGGUUGACCCCUGUCGACAUCCAGGAGGUUACCAGGCUACCAGACGCCAAGACCGAGCCAUGGGGCAAACAACUCCAGCUCGCAGCCCAUCGCGCACUGGCCAGCAUCCAGCUACUGGUGAACGAACACCAUACGUUCGGCAUGACGCACAAUAUUGCUCAGUUCAAUCAAUCAAGCAACAUGUUGUCAAACAAUUUCAACCACAUUCAACCUGAGACGCAGCAGCGAUACGGAAACAUUAUUGUGCGGCUUAUUUUCAACGUUUUGCGCACCAUGGACCCCGCGUGGACAUCUCCCGUGCGCUACCCCUCUCUCGACGCAUCUCAGAAAGUAAUUUUGCUAGAGCUACAAGCCAAACUGGAUGGCGCAGACAAAAAGCUCAUCGACGAGGCAUAUCAGAAGGCGUGCUACUCAUUAUUUGCACACGAGCGACGCCAGUACCCGAUCAGCUCUAAGCUGCGAAAAUUCUUCUCGCCCGUCAUCUUGUUCGUAGUUUUCUACUCUCUGCGCGCGAACGGGAGCUUCCGCUUGGCGUCAGAGAUUACGGGCAUAUGCGCCGCCGUUGAAUACUGCAUUCGGACGACAAUGCUCUUUGAAAUCGAAAGAAUAUCCGAAGAAUCCAACGUAUCGUCAUUCGACGCUCUCAAAAAGGUGGAAAGGUACAUCUCAACGGGGCAGGAGACGCCAAUGGCGUUUAUUUACAACGUCCACCGUGUUCUCGCAUCCGUGCGCUCAGACGAAGUCACCGCCUCCCAGUUUCGUUUCACGGACAAGAACGGAAGAGAGGUUAGCUGCAAUGGCCACCUCAUAUCUCUAUCGAUGAUCAAGAAAAUGCACGACGAGGAGCAUGUUCGGUAUGAGAACAUGGUGCAGGAUCGUCUCUUUUUUGGCGAAGACAUACCCAGCGAUCUCUUCCCUGAACUCGACCUCGAGAGCAUAGUCAACAGCUCCAACAAUACAUCUGCUGGCUAUUGCUUCCUGGACGACCCUCGUAACAAUUUUUCUGCUUAUCGGGACUCUUACGGACGUUGGUUGCUCUCCGACCCUGUGCGAGCCCAGCGUUUCGUUUAUAUGCAUGAAGGCGAACUCGUUUGGAAGCCUUCUGCCGCCCUUGACCUAUUGCGGCGCAUGGAACGCGUACGCGAGGUCCUAGCGCCGGGGGUUUCCUACUCGACUCUUCUGCAGGUUCGGGGGUCGGAAUUUGCACGCGCGUUACUCAGGAACACACCCGCAGCCCUACGAAACCUGCGGUUUGAGAUGCACUUGCUGGCGCACGUUGCGUUGCAGGACAAGACAUCGCAUCUACAUCUCAAGGAUCGCCACAUUCCUCACGUCAUUACCCGCGAGUGGGCAGAGUCCCUCAUCCGAAACCUUGCUGUAUUUCGCCCGUUUGAAGAAGUUCUGGUGGCGAAAUUCCUCAACCCCGAAGCACUUCAUCGCUAUCGCGUUCAGCUUUGGCCGGGCAUCAAAUCGACGAUGACGUCUGAGGCAUUCAGUGCUCGAUGUGGCAACAUGACAAUGCGCUAUCUCCUGCAGCCGUUCAAGCCUCUUCGCUGGCGCUCUCUGAUCACGGCGUUUGCGCGUUUCUUGCCGGAUUCUCGCUCAUACGAGUCGCAAAAGGAGUUUUUUGUCGACACGGCCAUGAUGCACUCAACGGCGAUGAGCAACAAUCGAUACGGGCGACAUUCUGACCAGGCAUCGCAGUCCGACUUUCGUACAACCAUUGGGUGCAUCCAGGCCGCUUUAGACAUGCAGAAGCAUGUUGGGAUUGGACAGGCGCGUCCGUUUACGCUCACUGUACCGUCCGAGGUACCUGAGACUUCCACUGGCGGCGCUCAAGGAAUUGUACACGACGUUAGCUCGCUGGAGCGCAUAGCGCGGUCAGCUAUGCUCAAAAUCACAGGAAGUUUGGAGGAUCGCGUGAAGGAGACCAUCCUCGACUCUAUGGCGGUCGUCAUGGCGCAGAUUUUGCCCAAGACACCUCGUCCGCUCAACGAGAACAACCUCCGCCCUGUUGCAGACAUUGACCCCCACCCCUCGCGCCUACGCUCUCUGCGUCAAUUCCUCAAGCGGCCUGCAGCGAACUUUAGCUGCCCCGAGCAGGCGCUCCUCCUGGAGCUCAUGUGCCGCGGGCAGCAGAGCGUGCUGGGUAUCUUGGGCACGGGCAAGGGAAAGACGAUGCUAGUCUAA